AUGGAAAUCACAGAGGACGAUGCUUUUCUUUCUCAAUUCAUUACCUUCGACGAACUUUGCGCCGGGUCACACAAAGCUGCCGACUCUCUACCUGAUGCCGACGUACCCCAUGAACUCGGCGAGCAAUGCACCUUCCUUCAGCCACAGCACCAGUCGAAUCCCUUCGAAGUAGAUAUAGAGAUGCCGCUGGCUGAAUUCCGUGAUUUCGAUGUCUUCGAAUGCGACCUAACAAGACAUGGCCUUGUACCAGCUGGCACUGCAAUUGCUCUCACAAUCCAACGGCAAGAGCAGGAUCUGGCACAUUCGGCUCAUUCUGCACAUGACGCUCAGUACUUGGAUGUUCCUUCGUUAUCUGACCCGAUGCAGAUAUCCCAGCUUGACUUGCUGCCUGUUGAUCAGUCCCUGGCGGGACUCCUCUUCAUGAAUAAUGUAAGGUUUUAUGGGAUUGGGCUGCGCAACGGGGAUGGUCAGCCUGACCCAUGA